AUGCGAAAUGGCAUAGUCGUCGCCAGUAAGCAUGCCCUACGAUCGAACAGGCGUGCAAUAGCUGCACCGUUCUUCCAGCUCCGAAGAUGGGAGUCAACAGUAGCUCCAGCUCUGAAACCACAGCGGCGAUGGUCUACACCACUAGCUGAGACCAUUGCCAAAGCUAUAGAGGUAACUGGUCCGAUCUCGAUAGCCUCGUAUAUGCGACAAUGCCUCACAUCUCCAGACGGAGGCUACUACACCACGACCCGACCAACGUCCGAUCAGUUCGGACGGCGAGGUGACUUCAUCACAUCUCCCGAGAUAUCGCAAGUCUUUGGUGAGCUGGUUGGGGUUUGGUUCCUGACAGAAUGGAUGGGUCAGGGUCGGCCAGCAACUGGCGUUCAAUUUAUGGAAGUAGGGCCGGGUCGUGGAACGCUCAUGAGUGAUAUAUUGAGGACUGCUGCACAGUUCAAGAGCUUUGUGCAGGCGAUCGAAGCUGUUUGGCUUGUUGAGGCAGGAGAAGGUCUACGAGAACAUCAACGCAAGUUACUCUGCGGAGAAGAGGCAAGGAUGAACCAAGUGCAAGAGAAAGGCCAGACGCUUUACUGGGAAGCUAUGAGCAAACAUGGCAACGAUAUCCCUAUAAGAUGGGUUGAAGAUAUUGCUUUGCUACCCGAGAAUCAGGGUAGUACCCAGAAAAUGCCUUUCAUCGUUGCUCACGAAUUCUUCGACGCUCUUCCAAUCCAUGCCUUCGAGUCAGUUGCGGCCGCGCCAGAGUCAGAGAAGGUCGAACUACUGGACAAACAUGGUCGACCUAUGGUACGGCCCAAUCCAGCCAGCAAAGUCCCUCAAUGGAGAGAACUCCUUGUUGCCCCAACCCAAGCUAAAUUCGACCUCUUCGCACCAGCCAAGGCAGGUGGUCUUCAGCAGAAACAACCAGAAACAGACUUCCAUCUCACGAUUGCCAAAGCAAGUAACCCGAAUUCGAUUGUGAUUCCUGAACGUCCACGCUAUCGAAAACUGAAGCAGCAACCUCAAUCGCGAAUUGAAGUAUCGCCUGAAAGUUAUAGAUACAUGCAGGACUUUUCAAAACGUAUAGGUGGGAACUUGUCUGGUGGGAAGCCAGCCGGUGCAGCAUUGGUCAUUGACUAUGGUCCACCGGACACGGUACCUGUCAACUCUUUCCGCGGCAUAAAAGAACACAAAAUCGUUUCUCCUUUCUCCUUUGCUGGACAAGCCGAUGUUUCAGCCGAUGUCGAUUUUGGUGCACUUGCGGAUGCAGCUGUCGAAGCUAGCGAAGGUGUCGAAGUACAUGGUCCGGUCGAGCAAGGGUUGUGGUUGAGUCAGUUAGGUGUUCAAGAUCGUGCAGCACGUUUGAUGAAGAAUGUUGAUGAACAGAAAAAGAAGGAUAUCGCAAGUGGGUGGAGAAGACUUGUCGAGGGUGGCCCAACAGGAAUGGGCAAAGCAUACAAAGUCAUGGCCGUUUUGCCUGAGAACGGUGGACAACGACGACCUGUGGGCUUUGGUGGUGACUUGAAAUGA